CUAGUGGUGAGCUGAGGCCAAUUAAAAAUGUCAAUUUCUCAAUGUCAGGUAUUUUGAAGCACCCAACUUCCAAAAUUUCCUUCCGAUUUUCCCUCUCGAUUUUUGAAGCGUCUAACAUCUUUCCAAAAAAUUCUUCCGAUUUUCCCUCUCCCAAGCUCUAGCUGUAAAUCUUCAUAAUUCAUUCAUGCAAUUAAUCAUUUAUUUUCCUUCUGCUUCAAAGAAUGUCCAAUCUAGAGUCGAGACGGGAGAGCAAGUUUAUACCCGUUAAUCCAUUUCAAUUACAACCAACAAAGAAGGAGAAAAAAAUAAUAAUUUGUUAGUUAUGGCUCCUGCUUCGUCGUAUCGAUUAAUGUCAUUGUCAUUUUUCUUGCUGUUACUGUCUGCGAUCGCCGUCGGUGACGAUGUUUCGGCCGCCUGCAGAAAUGAUUUCCCAUUGGUUAAGGUUAAGAAGUGGGUAAAUGGUGAUGAAAAUGAGCCACUUUUUGGGUUAAAUGCAGCUUUUGGCUCUAUCUUACCCGAGGAACUCAAACAAGCACAAAGAUUGCCUGCCAACUUUCUGGAACCUGUUACUGGUUGUUCACUCUCAUCCUCGAAGUUGCCAGGUUCUAUUGCUUUGGUACUGCGUGGUGAUUGCGACUUUACAACUAAGGCUGAAGUUGCUCAAGCGGGAGGAUCAGCAGCACUGGUGAUGAUAAAUACUGAUGAUGAUCUUCCGGAGAUGGGUUGUGCUAACAGUACUAAGUUGAAUAUCAAAAUUCCUGUUAUUGCGAUUUCAAAGUCAGCAGGGCAGGAUUUAAAGAAAUCCAUAACUGAUGGAAUGAAAGUGGAACUUUUGGUAUAUUCUCCGAAUCGCCCAGUUGUAGAUUACUCGGUGGUAUUCUUGUGGAUGAUGUCCGUUGGAACGGUAGUUUCUGCUACACUUUGGUCAGAUAUAGUUGGGUCAGAGGAAUAUGAUGAGCCCAGUAAUGAGCUAUCUCCACAGGAAUCUGAUGCUGGCGCAGACAAGGAUGAUGCAAUCCUCCAUAUCACCACAAUAAGCGCAGUAGUUUUUGUUAUAUCAGCAUCUACUUUCCUGCUGCUACUUUACUUCUUUAUGUCAGCAUCAUUCGUCUGGGUGCUAAUUGUACUUUUCUGCCUUGGAGGUGUUGAGGGAAUGCAUAGCUGUAUAGUAUCACUGAUAUCGAGCAAAUGUAAAGGUUGUGGAGAAAAGACAUUGAAAAUACCAAUGCUGGGGAAGAUAACCAUUCUCUCACUAGUUGUUUUGAUACUCUGUUUGGUAUUUGCCAUUGUCUGGGCUGCAACUCGGAAGAAAUCAUUCUCUUGGAUUGGCCAAGAUAUUCUUGGUAUAUUCAUGAUGAUAAGCGUGUUGCAAUUGGCUCAAUUACCAAAUAUAAAGGUUGCCACGGUGCUUCUGUGUUGCGCAUUCGUAUAUGACAUAUUUUGGGUUUUCCUAUCUCCAUUGAUAUUCCGUGACAGUGUUAUGGUUGCGGUUGCUCGAGGCAAUAAUAGCGGUGGAGAAUCAAUCCCCAUGCUUCUGAGAUUUCCUAAACUUUCCGAUCCCUAUUAUGGUUAUAACAUGAUAGGCUUCGGGGACAUUAUAUUCCCUGGUUUGUUGGUUUCCUUCUCACAUAGAUUCGACAAAGCCCAUAGGAAGAGUGGAGCAAAUGGAUAUUUUCUUUGGUUGAUAAUUGGCUAUGGAUCUGGCCUGUUCUUUACUUACUUAGGCUUGUAUCUGAUGGCUGGGCACGGUCAGCCUGCACUCCUCUACCUCGUCCCGUGUACUUUGGGAACUUGUGUGGUGUUGGGUCUGAAAAGGGGGGAGCUGAGUCUGCUUUGGAACCACGGCAACGACUCAGGUCAACAAACUGUUCCUUCUGCCUCGACCGAGUAUUGAACCUAAAUACUCUGCUCAGAAAAUUCACCAUUGGAAUGCUUGUCCUCUAACAUGGGAAGCUCGCUUUCAACGAUGAACACCAUUCCUCAGGUCCCUACUUUAGAGUUUCGACUUAACACUCUAUGUCUUGUCUCAUUUCGUUUUUUUUUCUAUUUGAAGCGUUUAUCAAUCGCUGAUUGAGAAAUUUAUUGAAUACAACAAUCCAUGAUUUCUGUCUAAAUAUGGUGUCUUGGCAAUUGACGAAUGGAUUUUGCCUACAUUUGUAUACUGCCCAAUUUUACAUUUUAACUCAA